AUGCUCCGAUAUAAGUCUAGAACUACUCUUAAUUUCACAGGACGUCGACUUCUGCAGACACAAACCCCUCCACCAACAUCUCAGGAAUAUCUUCAACUCGCAGGAGCAUACAAGAGUCUCAAACCGCGGCCAACACCACUAUCAACGCUUCUAUCAUUUGGAUCACCUCUAACGCCAUCGUCUAUUGUUCUUUCCGCCUCGUAUGUACUUGAAGAGCUGCCAAGACGUCUCGUUCAGAGAGUGCGCUCGAUGGAGGCAUUACCUUAUAUUGUUGGGAUGAACCCAUUCAUUGCGAGGACGCUAGAGUCGUACCGUCAGACGUUCCAAGACCUCGCGACUGCGCCACCAGUGGUCGACGCAGCUUCCAACAUCGAGUUCACACGAAGAUUAGAGAAUUUAGUGAGAAGCCAUGCGAAUGACAUUCCGGUCCUCGCUCGCGGGUUUCAGGAAUGUGCAAAGUAUAUGCGACCAGAGGUCAUUUCCUCGUUUCUCGAUGGAGCGAUACGGAGUCGCAUAGCAAUACGCUUUAUCGCUGAGCAGCAUAUUGCUCUUACACGAGCACUUAAACUGCAUCCUGGUACUCAAACGGUACCUUCGCUGGAACCUACGCAUUCUCGUGGCGUCGUGGACUCGGAAUGUUCGCCGUUUGAAAUGGUCAACCUUUGCACGACGUUCGUACAUGAAUUAUGCGUCGGAACAUUUGGCAUGGCCCCAGAUGUUACAAUCGAUGGCAUGACGGACGUUACAUUCCCCUACGUCCCCGUCCAUGUGGAGUACGUUCUUACCGAAAUUCUCAAGAAUGCUUUCCGCGCGACAGUGGAAAACCACCAACGAAAGUAUGGAAUUCAUUCCACCGGCCCACUCCCUCAAGUCCAAAUCACUAUUGCGUAUGCCACACUGCCGCCAGUACCACCGUCCGUGGAAACGUCAUUUAGCGACAAUGAGGCCUCAACAGCUGUCAGCACCCGCAAGCCGCCGUCUUACCUCUCCAUCCGUGUUCGAGACCAAGGCGGAGGAGUGGACCCAAAGGACCUGCAACGUAUAUUCUCCUAUGCGUUUACCACUGCUCGUGGUGUUUCAAAUACAGAAGAUUCGGAUCUUGAAGGCGGCCCAUACGCGAUGCAAGCUGUUGGGGGUCUUGCAGGCAUCGCGGAUACAGGAAGCAUGGACACGGACGGCGGUGACGCCGGAGGACUAUUCGGGGAGAUUGUUGGUAAGGGAUUACAAACCGGGCUGGGGACAAUAGCCGGCCUUGGCUAUGGGCUGCCAAUGGCUCGUCUUUAUGCUAGUUAUUUCGGAGGCAGUCUCGAGUUAAUAUCCAUGCAUGGGCAUGGGACGGAUGUCUUUAUCAAAUUUCGCUGUCUCGACGAGAAUACGAACAUCGAGGUAUAA